GUCUAUUCUAACCAAAUAUGUUUUAAAAAAAGAAUAUGAAAAAUUAGAAAAUGAAAAUAAAGAAUUAAAAAUGAAACUAGAAGAGGAAAGAGAAAAAAGAGAAAAAGAGCAAAAAGAAUUUCAAGAAAAAUAUAAAAAUUUAAAACAAGAAGCUCAAAAUCGCUAUGAUAUUCUUCAAGAAAAAUCUUAA